GAAUUGAGUGCGUGUGUGUGUAGCAACAAGCUCGUGGGCUUACGCGAGCCCGAUUUUCUGCAGCCUUAUGCGCAUGUGUGAGCAUGCGCUCCAGGCAGGACAAAGAUGGCAGCGCCCUGUUGUUACUUCCGGUGUUUCUAGCUAGUGGGGGGAAUGAAUAUUUUGGGGAAGUUGCAAUUGGAGGCGGGAGAUAGCAGUUAAUCUCGUUCAUGCUUUUGCAGAAGGGGAAAGACAUCUAACUCCAAGCUUCGUACUGGCAAGGGGCUUCUUGUUGACACACUGGCAAGGCUCUCAUCCUUGCAGACUGAUUUCGAAGUAAGCGAAUCAUGGCAAGUGAGGCUAGUGAAUUACAGAACCCAGCAGAGGGUGGACUCCCCAAACUGCAGUUUGUCCCCUUCAGUAGUGCCUUGGAUGCCGGCUUUUGGCACGAACUAACGCAGAAGAAACUCAACGAGUACAAACUGGAUGAGACUCCAAAAACGAUUAAAGGAUACUACUAUAAUGGAGACCCUGCUGGUAUGCCAGCUCGUUUAACACUGGAAUUUAGUGCUUUUGAUCUGAAUGCCCCAACUCCAGCACAUUGUUGUCCUGCUAUUGGAACUCUGCAUAACACCAACACCUUGGAAUCAUUCAAAUCCUGUGAUAAGAAGCUCCUUCUUGAGCAAGCAUCAAAUGAGAUAUGGAAUGCAAUAAAAUCAGGGGAUGCUGUUGAAAAUCUGGUCUUAUUGAACAGAUUUCUCCUACUGACAUUUGCAGAUCUGAAAAGAUAUCGUUUCUAUUACUGGUUUUGUUACCCUGCACUUUGCCUUCCAGAAGGUAUCACUUUGGUUCAGCAGCCCAUGUGCCUCAGUGCAAAGUUCUCUCCAGCUCAGAUUCAUGCACUUCAGAAUGCAUAUGAUGAACUUUGCCAGAAAGAAGGUCUUUCAGCCCUGCCUUAUUUUUUAAUCAAGUACCAUAAUGAUUCUGUUCUUGUGUCCUUACUUAAAACCUGGGAUCAUUUCUUCCCAGAUCAAAAGGAAAAGGUGACACUUGGUGUUUACGACCCCUGUAAUUUUGCCCAGUAUCCAGGAUGGCCACUGAGAAAUAUAUUGGCCCUGGUAGCACACAAAUGGGGCAGGCAUCUCCAUACAGUUGAAGUCCUCUGCUUCAGAGACAGGACUAUGCAAGGAGCAAGAGACAUUUCACACAGUACCAUGUUUGAAAUAAAUCUUCCCCAAGUGACACAGAGUUCAGGUUCUCCAAAAGCUGUUGGCUGGGAGAAAAAUCCAAAGGGAAGUAUGGGUCCAAGAAUGGUCAAUCUAAGUGAGUGUAUGGACCCUAAAAGGUUAGCUGAAUCAUCAGUGGAUCUUAAUCUUAAAUUGAUGUGCUGGCGGUUAGUGCCUACCCUGGACCUGGAGAAAGUUGUGUCUGUGAAGUGUCUUCUCCUAGGAGCUGGUACGCUAGGUUGUAGUGUAGCCAGAACCUUGAUGGGUUGGGGAGUCAGGAAGAUCACGUUUGUGGACAAUGCAAAAAUCUCCUAUUCCAACCCUGUACGGCAGCCACUCUAUGAGUUUGAAGACUGUCUUGGGGGUGGAAAGUCCAAAGCGCUUGCAGCAGCAGAUAGGCUUCAGAAAAUAUUCCCUGGAGUGAAUGCGGAAGGUUUUAAUAUGAGUAUUCCAAUGCCUGGUCACCCAGUGAAUUUUUCUGAAGUCACCUUGGAGCAGGCUCGUAAGGAUGUGGCGCAGCUGGAAAAAUUAAUUGAUGCUCAUGAUGUCAUCUUCUUAUUAAUGGACACCAGGGAAAGCCGAUGGCUUCCUGCUGUUGUUGCAGCCAGCAAGAGAAAGCUGGUAAUCAAUGCUGCACUGGGAUUUGACACAUUUGUUGUGAUGAGGCAUGGAUUAAAGAAACCAAAACAUCAAGAAGUGGGCGAUUCUCCCUGUAAUAAUCCUUCUGGUUCAGCUGAUCUUUUGGGCUCAUCACUCUUUUCAAACAUUCCUGGCUAUAAACUCGGUUGCUACUUCUGCAAUGAUGUUGUAGCACCAGGAGAUUCCACCAGGGAUAGGACAUUAGAUCAGCAGUGCACAGUCAGUCGGCCGGGAUUAGCCAUGGUGGCAGGAGCCCUUGCAGUAGAACUAAUGGUAUCCAUUUUACAACACCCAGAAGGCGGUUAUGCUGUUGCUAGCAGUAGUGAUGACCGAAUGAAUGAGCCUCCCACCUCUCUUGGUCUUGUGCCUCACCAGAUGAGUAUACAAGUGGAUUUCCUGAGCCCUGAGCAUUACACAGCAGGAAGAGCCCUGCAGCAGAGGGAGAGACCACCUGCUUCCCAGACAGCCCCCAGGAUUCGAGGUUUUUUAUCAAGAUUUGAUAAUGUCCUGCCUGUCAGCCUGGCUUUUGACAAAUGUACUGCCUGUUCUCCCAAAGUCCUUGACCAGUAUGAAAGAGAGAGCUUUGAUUUCCUAGCAAAGGUUUUUAAUUCCUCACAUUCCUUCUUAGAAGACCUCACAGGUCUGACUCUUUUGCAUCAGGAGACCCAAGCAGCUGAGAUAUGGGACAUGAGCGACGAUGAAACACUUUAAUGGCUAGUUAAUGAAGUGGAAGCUGACCUACUUUAGGCUGUGUUGGUGUCUUUUUUUAUCAUUCAUUUGACAAGUUAAUAAUGAUUUGCUUACACUGACUGUUGCAAGUAUAAACAAAUAUUAUCCACAUCUCUGAUCAGGAUAGGAUCAGUGCUCAAAAAGCAUUGUGAUUGUGAGUGUAAUGCCUCUUUUUAUUUGUUUGUUUCUAUAUCUUACCUGUAUGACAAUCUGAAUUCUUUUCAUUUUUUUCAGCUUCUAAAUACAGCUUAUAUUUAAAAUGUCUCUUAAGUAAAAAUUCUUUGUUUUUC